AUGGCGUCUACAGGAGAACCGCCUUCAUUCAACAUCACUCCAUUUGAAUUAAGUGAAUCAGCAUCGACCUUAAUCAGUCGCAUGAAUAAGUCCAUCAAUGACCUUGCGCUUUCUGUUUCGCCGGAACAAGCAUCUUUCGAGAACACCAUUCUCCCAUUCGCAAACAUCGAAAAUGAAAUCAAAGGGAAAGUUCAAUACAUGGCUUUAUUUCAGGCCGUGUCCCCUGAUCCGGAGAUGCGCAAGGCAUCUUCAACUGCUGUCAGUAUAGUCGACAAAGCUUACCUUGGCCUAUUUCAAGAUCGUUCAUUAUUCGCGCUAGUUCAUGCUGUACAAAGCACAUGUCUACAAGAUACGAUCGAUGCUGAGGAUCGCAAGUAUCUCAAAAGGCUUCAUUCGCUGUUUUGGAAUAACGGGAUUGGGCUAGAAGGGAGUGCAAGCGAGCGUUUCAAUACAAUUUCUGACAGGUUAAUGGAAUUGCAAGUCUCGUUCAUGGAAAACCUUGGUUCAGAUCCCGGUCGUAUCUGGAAGACUGAGGAUGAGCUUGCUGGUUUGGCACAGCAAGAACUUGACGACUUAGUGUCAAAUGGUAUUCUGUUGAAAAGGUCGCGAAUCAAUAUGGUCCUCUCACGUUGUCACAACAGUGAUACUCGUAAGGAUAUCUUCCUUCGAGGCCAAAAUACAUUCCCCGAGAACGCAUCUCUACUUGAGGAAACAUUGAUUCUUCGAGAUGAAGCAGCCAGGUUACUCGGUUUUAGUUCAUUCGCAGCACAAAAGGGUGGCGAAAAGAUAUUCAGCUCUCCUGAAUCAAUUCGGAGGAUGCUUGACGAGCUUGCAGAUUAUUUGCGUCCAAUCGCACGAAAAGAACUAAAAGAACUACGAUAUCUGAAGAACAGCUCUGAUGGUUCUUUCUUUUUGUGGGACUUUGAUUACUACCAUGAUCUCCUUCUACGAGAGCGAUACGAAGUCGACCACGAGCUCAUAUCGGAAUAUUUUCCGGCCUUGUUCACAACUGGAAAAAUGCUAGUGGUUUUUGAGGCUAUAUUUGGAUUGUCAAUCCAAGAAAUCAAAGAUCUGCCUCAGGAAAGAACUUGGCAUCCAGAGGUACAAGUCUUCCGGGUCGAAGAUGCGGAGACAUCGCAGCUUCUAGGGUUUCUUUAUGUGGACAUCUUCCACCGAGCAGGAAAGUACAGCCAUGCAGCCAAUUUCAAUAUUUAUCCAGUUGGUUCUUCUAUCUCUUGA